UUAUAAUACGGGUUCAAAAUACCCAAUUUGACACUGUACAUUUUAAUGUAUUGAUAUCAUCAAAAGAACAGAAACCAAUGAUACCAACGGAACCCAAUGUUUACAUCGUUUGUUUGUGGGAUGGAUUUCAAAGAAGCACACACGUGGACAUGUCUGAAAAACUUGCCAUGAAGGAACCAGGGCCACUUUCGAAAGAGGUCCAAGAACGAGUGGACUGGAAGAAAUGGAAAGAGGGACGGAAGGAGGAGAAGCGCAGAAGGAAGGAGGAGAAAUUGAUUACACAGAUGGAGAAACAGAAGAUGAAGGAAUUGAAGGAAAAAAAGGCUCAGGCAGAGAAGGAAGAAAAGAGUAAUGGUCGCUCAUAUACAUUGAGUGUGGCACUGCCGGGGUCCGUCCUGGAUAAUGCACAGUCACCUGAGCUGCGCACGUACCUAGCAGGGCAGAUCGCUCGUGCCUGUACCGUCUUCUGUGUUGAUGAAAUAGUUGUGUUUGAGGAACAAGGAGAGGACGUGAAAAACACUGAGGGGGAGUACAAGGGUGUUGGAAAGAAGGGACGAGCAUGUGUCCAGCUCGCACGCAUUCUCCAGUACUUGGAGUGUCCACAGUACCUGAGGAAAGCGUUUUUCCCUAAACAUCAGGAUCUACAGUUUGCAGGUCUCUUGAACCCUUUGGAUAGUCCUCAUCAUAUGCGUAUGGAUGAGGGGGCGGAGUUUCGGGAAGGACUGGUUCUUGAUAGGCCUUGCAAGGCAGAAAAGGGCUCAUAUGUGGACUGUGGCAUGAGAAAGGAGGUUCGGAUUGACAAGCAGCUUCAGCCCGGGUUAAGAGUAACAGUGAAACUCCACAAGGAUCAGGAAUCGGGUUCUAAAUGCUAUAAGGGUCUAGUGGUGGCUCCCCAUGUUCCUCGCACAGAAAAAGGGCUGUAUUGGGGUUAUACUGUCCGACUUGCUUCCUGUCUCAGUGGUGUAUUUACUGAAUGUCCUUUUAAGGAAGGCUAUGACAUCACUAUUGGAACCUCUGAAAAAGGAAACAAUGCAGACAACGUUACAAUAUCCCCAUUCAGGCAUAUGCUUGUGGUGUUUGGUGGGUUGUCAGGUCUGGAAGCUAGUGUCGAAACUGAUGAUAACCUGGACGUUUCUGACCCAAGUUCUUUGUUCAACUUGUACCUCAACACUUGCCCCUCACAGGGUAGUCGCACCAUACGGACUGAGGAGGCCAUUUUGAUCUCGCUGUCGGCAUUAAGACAGAAAAUUACAACAGUUUUUCCAAGUUCCUCUGAUUGAUGAUCACAGGAAUGGGCUUCAACAUCUAUCUUCUAUCCACAAAAUAACGUCAUGGACCAACACCUUUUUCAAAACAAAAGAAUAAAUAUUCCCUUAUUCUUGGAAA